AUGGGCCGUCGCCUUCACACCAAACGUGCGGAUCCUGAAUGGGAUGGCUGCAGGCUUGCUGAGCUGCGGCCUACAUCUCACCCCUGCGAUGGCGGGGACUACGCCUCCAACCAGACAAUCUGCAAAGCUCUCUAUGCCGCAGCGCUUCUGGCGCGGGAGUUUUCCAAGGCCACCAGGCCGCCAGACCGUCAGGGCAUCGGUUUCAACGGCUCCAUAGCGCCAACUGGUCAAGGUCAUGAUCGUCCUCAUCCCCCUGCUCAUCCUUCUCCCCAGCCGACCUGCUGCUGGUCCGCUCUGCUGCCUCCGGCGCGCGCCCUGGCGGCUGCAUGCGUUCCGCGACUGGGUUCUUUCAACAUGCAGGACAUGUCCAGCGCCUGGCAUCAGGAACAGACGCAGAAGCACCAGAAGCAAAAUCAUGGCCACGAGCAGAGGACAACGAGUCGGCCGCAGGAGCUGCAGCAGCAGCAGCAGGAGGAGGAGGACGAGGAGAGGGGGGACGGUUCUGUCGGUCGCCGGGCUUUCUUGCCACCGGAGGGUUUGUUAGCUGGCUUAGCAGCUGCUGCCGCCCGGCAAAUGCGCACCCCUGAAGAAUGCAGCACUCAGGGCGUCGCCAACAUGUUGUGGGGGGCGUGUAGGUUGAGAUACGCUGACGAGAGGAUGCUGGCGGGAGCGGUGGCCCUGAUGACACCGCAGGCAGGUCUGGGUGUAGGGUGGGUUGCUGGCAGGGUGCGGGUGCUGGUGUCCGCUGACCCGCGGGCCUUCGCAACGUGUGUGUGGGCGCUGGCCUCACUGCGCUACCCAAAGGGGGCCGAGCUGAUGGCCGCUGCGUCGCGACCCGUCGCGGCUCACAUCCGGUCGUUUGACGACCAGUCGCUAUCUAAUUUGUUGUGGGCGUACGGCACUUUGGGUGUGGCGGCACCUCGGCUAUUUGCUGCGGCCGCGGACGAGGUGGCGCGAAGAGCUGAUCGGGUGUCCCACCAGUUUCUGGCCAACUGCAUGUGGGCCUUCGCCACCGUCAACCACCUGCAACCCCAAAUGAUGGCAGCGGUGGCGGAGGCGUUGACGACUCGCAGGAGAAACUGCUAUGCGGGGAUGGAGGAGAAGGACAAAGAAGGGGAAGGCGAGAAGGCGGAGCGAGCAGAAAAACGCCCUGCACGGGGAAGUGGGAGAGGUGAUGCAAUGGCGGAGGCAGCGUUAGCGGAGCGGCUGGCGGCGUAUGAGGGGCGCCCUACACAGACAAUCGGCAACCUGGCCUGGUCCUUCGCCGCCCUGGGGGCUCGGCACGAUCCGCUGAUCAACGCGCUAGCCAGGAGGGCGGCGGUGGCAGCGUCCGCUCUGAACGCCCAGGAGCUGUCAAACGUGUUGUACGGCAUAGCUCGAUUGACGCCGUACAUGGCGGACACGCAGCCAGACGUACUUGAGGCGUUAAUGCGGGAGGUGGAUCGUCGCCUGGAGCUUGCAUGCCCCAACAAACCAACCAGCCACCAGAACAACAAGAACGGCUCAUUUUACCACCCAAAGGGCGGCCCCAACCGCAAUCGUACAAGUCCUUGCGCACAGCUUGCACCACCACCUGGACAACCCCGAGCCGACAAAGACAUCAUCUCCACGUCUCCUUCUCCGUCAUUGUCGCCGUCGACCCUUCCACCGUCGGGGCAGUCGUCAUCCAUCAACGCCGGCGCCGCGCACCUCCUAUUGACACCUCGCGACCUGGCCAUGGUGGCAUGGUCCUUGGCAAUCCUUAAGCCCGGCAGUCUCACCUUGAUCCGCGUCCUGGCCGCCGCGGUAGCUGCCGCUACUGCCUCGGCAGGUACGGCAACUGCCAGCUUGACCACCUCUACAUCCGUCACCGAACGCGACGCGACGCCGUCGGUCACCGCUGUGGCUACCGGUGUUGGCGGCGGCAACGGUCACUACGGCGGUAGCAAGCUGGAAGAGGAGCUGGAUGCGCAGCCGUACAACCUGUUCGGCCUCGUACAGCUGUACGGCGCCAAUUAUGCCGCCUGCCUGGCCGCAGCGGCGGCUGUGCCGGCGUCGCCCGAUGGCAGCGACGUCGUCGGAAGGGACUUGCAGCAGCUGCAGGUGCAGGAGCUGUUGUUGCUUCCGAGUGUGACUGAGGACGGCGGCGACGGUGCCGGCGGCAGCAAUGGUGGCGGUGUGGGUGCGCUGGUCCGGGCGGCUGCGGCGGUGAUGCGGCAAGCUCAGCGGGCCGCAGAAGCCAUUGGAGGAGAGCCCAUUGUUGUUGGUCGCGGCGGCACCGGCGCCGUUGUGGCCGCAACAGACGUCGCAGCCACAACACCAGCAGUUGCAGCAGCAACAGGAGAAGGAAAAGGUGGAGAGGCGGCAACGCCACCUCCCCCCAAGGUUAUGGGGGAAAAACGGGGGACGGCUGAAAGUAUCGCUGGUGCUGCUACUGGCAGCGAACGUGAGCGUGAGAAGAUUGUGCUGUUCGGGCCAUUGGGUGCCUGCCCAGCCUUUUUUCGUGCUUGCCGUGACGCCUGGUUCCUAAACACGGCUAGCACGAAGCCAUCGGAGUUGCAGGCCGAAGUGGUGGCGAUACUGCGAAAUCGCGGUGGCGGCGACGCCGGGGAAGUACGAAGGCGCGUGGUGGCUGUGGCGGAGGAGGCGCUGAGCCCGGAUCGCAUGCUUCGUGUUGAUCUGCUCGUACAGUACGGCGAAUGUUUGGUACUGCUGGAGGUAGAUGGUCCGUCGCACUUUGCGGUGGAGUUAUGCGGUGAAGGCUAUGCCGAGGGCAGAGGAGGUGGCAGCGGCGAAGAGGAGGGCUACAGCGGCAGCGAUGAUGCUGGCGUAGAUGGCGACGACAGUCAGGUUGAAGCAAGCUGCCGUGAAGACGCCGACACGGAUGGCGCAGCUCUGUCCGCCGCGGGAAGGGGAAGAGGCAGACAGCAGAGGGACGCAGCUCCGCGGCAACAGCACCCGCGGGGACGGAGACGGGGUCGGCUGCUUCGUCGUCUCGGGGAUACGCUGCUCCGAGACCGAUUUCUCGCCGCAUCCCUGGGCCCUACGACGGCGACCACUGGGGUCUCCCGAGACCGGGAAACUGCGGAGGCGGCGGGUUCCGCAUUCACAACGCAAUGCACGGCAGCUGACCCGUGGGUCAUACGAGGUCUUUUGGAGCAGCUGUCUUCACGGCCCUCGGGACCCAGCCAAGCGGCCGGACGGGGGCAUGAGGCGAACGGGGAAGAGGCUAUUGGUUCUGGUUCUGCUAGCUCAAUAGGAAAUGUUAAUGAGCGCAGCGUCCGCGAUUGCGAGGGGAACAGGCGGGGCGCAGGAGUCGUCACGGACGGUGGUGACAGCAGUGGAGGAAUUACGGCUGCGAAUAUUCGACGUACGGAUGCGAGCGAGACGCAUGGCGGCGGCGGCGUAUCAUGGACAUCUUUGAAUGCCGCAGCCACAAGCUCUGUCUGUGCAAGCGCCACCGGUGGCGAUGAGGAUUCCGUGUUCAGCGUGUCGUUCGCGACACUGGACUUUUCGGAGUGGAACGUGGCGACGGGCGGCGCGCGGGAGAAGUGGUCGAAAUGCUUGGAGCCGCUCCUGGCUCGAGUCUGUACGACAAAAACAAGCAACUGA